GCUAACCAUAAGCUGCAUGCCGAACUGCAUUCUUCUUCUUUCCUCCUGCAAUCCAGGACUGGUCCUUGGAGAUUAUCGCGACUGCGCAGAUCCGAUAUCGCUAUCACUUCAAAUGCUGAACGAUCUUGUUGACGACAUGAUGAAAUAGAUCACCUCGGAAGCACCCUUUACGAUAGGUGGAGAUGCAUCUGGACCUCGGUCGCUUUGAUGAAAAUCACCGUUGUUCCACUCUUGUAUCCCCCCUUUUCAGGAUGGCGGGAGAGCGGCAGCUUCAUGCGCGUGGUCCAUUAACUUUCACCGCGAGGGAUAAAUUGACCAUCCAUCGCACUAACCUUUCAAUUUUAGAGUUCUUUUUUUGACCGCCAGUUUGUUCCUUGAUCAUUGAUCUAAUGUCUUACGCAUACUUGGCUGGAUCCCUCGUUCGCCAUGCCUUGUGCCAUCCCGCGGAUUUCUACUCCAGUGUCGGGCCUACCGUCAAUGAGCUGAGCUUCGGCCUGUUGGGUUCUUCCUUCAAGCCGCAGCGAGAUAUAGGCGAUCUUUCUGGAAAGAUCGUCUUUAUUACAGGUGGAAAUGCCGGCCUUGGAAAAGAAACCGUCCUUCAGCUUGCCUAUCAUCGUCCGUCUCGCAUCUACCUGGCCGCUCGGACCGAGAGCAAAGCGCGCGACGCCAUUGCCUCGAUCCAGGAGAUCCUUCCGGAGCCCGUCGACAUCAGACACAUACUGCUCGAUCUAUCCUCAUUCGAGUCCAUUCGCGCAGCGGCCGAAAGAUUCACCACGGAAUGCGAUCGCCUGGACCUGUUGAUACUGAAUGCCGGCAUCAUGGCCACACCCCCAGGCGUCACAAAAGAGGGGCUUGAGAUUCAAUUCGGAACCAACCACAUCGGACACUUCUUGCUCACCAAACUACUGCUUCCCACGUUGAAAAAGACCAGCGCCAGUGCCGUCCCUGCGCUCGAUGUCCGGGUCGUGACGGUCAGCUCCGUCGGACACAACGUAUCGCCAUCCUACGAGGUUAUGACGUCUACGGAGGCCCUGCAGGCGUCGGGGCCGUUCGAGCGGUAUGGCGCUUCCAAGGCUGCCAACGUCUUGUUUGCGGCCGAGCUCGCACGCCGCUAUCCGCACAUUCUCUCAGUCUCUAUCCAUCCGGGAGUGGUGUCGAGCGACCUGUACAACCACACGAAGGAAGCCGGUGGGUUUUCUAACAUCGGUGCUCAUCUCACCUUGAUGAUAUCCCGAGGGGUACGCACGGGGGCGAUGAAUCAACUCUGGGCUGCCGGAGCGAAGAGAGAGUUGCUGACCAAUGGGGCGUAUUAUGUUCCUAUCGGGAUUCGCGGGUCGAGCAAAUAUGCAGACGACGUGGAGAUGGGUCGGAAGCUAUGGGAAUGGACCGAAGCUCAAAUCGCGGAGGUAUCCUAGACUAGUACUGGCUUGUAGAAGGGUAGAUCCUAAUUUUUAUGAUGUUAUGGUUGAAGAAUGAGAAGUAUUCCCUCCAACUGAUGCCAAUAAGGGUCCAGACAGUCGGAUUACCCGAUUGGGAUUAAAACACCGAGUGGAGGCGAGAUGGGCUGGGCAAAGGCUCAGACACUUCAUCGGAGCAGGGCAUCGUCGGGAUAGCGUAGAAAAAGAGCUCAUUUGUGUGCAAGAAAUACUGUCCAGAAUCCAGGGAUGCCUCACAUCGUGACCCCGGACAAGGGUCAGACAGGCGUCGGCAGCGUGUCGUCGUUAGGGUUUAGCCGAGCAGCCUCAAGAUCCCCUCCACAACGAAAUCUCGUUGAUCUCCCCAAACGGCGAACUUCAUAUGAAGGAACCGUGAUCAACCUACCUGGAAUGCAGAGAUAGAUAUCUAGACAGAAAUCAAAUAGAAUCCAAUCUUCACCGUCGUAACGCAGUCACCAUCGUAGUCAAGUAAUCCCAGACCCAAGCAGGUGAACUCCCCACAGUCAUCAAUCAUCAAUCAUCAGCCACAC